GAAAGUCAUGACAUGCGUUAACAAACCCUCAAUGGGAGUCCUUUGAGCUGAACAUCUGCAAUCCCUUUGACAAUCUGGGGGGGGGGCACCCAUUAUCCUCCACAGAUGACCAGAGGUGAAGAGCUUGUGAGUUUGACCAGUUAAUGGCUUCUGCAUCUAAAGCUUUGUCCACACCAGACUGUGGAGCACCUGGUCCUGUAGAACUGGCAGGCUGUCAUUGCCAGUGGCCCCUGGGAUGGUUCCUUAUCCCACCCCUUUUGGAAGCCUCUUCCAGGCAGGGAAACCGAGGCCAGAUGGGGGCGGGGCCACGCUUGGACCAAUGGGCACGCGCCCCGCCCCCAGCCAGCAUAGGCGGCCUGGGAACUGCAACCCGCAGCCUUACGAGCUUCUUCUGAGCCAUGGCGUGCGCUGGGUUGCUCGCUGUGUGCUUGCUUGGGCCACCCGCGCCUCAGCCUCCGCGACACCCCACGCCUGCUGCGGGACACGCGCUUUUCCAGGAUGUUUUCCGAAGAGCAGACAAGAACGAUGAUGGUAAGCUCUCAUUUGAAGAAUUCCAGAAUUACUUUGCUGAUGGGGUUCUCAGCUCAGCGGAGCUGCGGGAACUGUUCAGCAACAUCGAUGGACAUCUCACCGACAAUUUAGAAACAGAGAAACUGUGUGACUAUUUCUCCAAACACCUGGGUGUCUAUCGGCCUGUGCUGGCUGCACUGGAGUCACUGAACCGUGCGGUGCUCACCGCCAUGGACACUACAAAGCUGGAGUAUGAACAGGCCUCCAAGGUGGACCAGUUUGUCACACGGUUCCUGCUUCGAGAGACUGUGAAUCAGCUACAAGCCCUGCAGAGCUCCUUGGAGGGGGCAUCAGACACCCUGGAGGCCCAGGCCCGUGGUCAGCGGUUGGAUGAAGAAAAUAUGGAGGUGCAGAGGAGGUUCCGUGGCAGCAGGCGGGCAGGACGCAGAGCCCUGAGGAGCAUAAGCUGGUCACCAACCUGCUCUCCUGGAUCCUUCGAUACAGGGUGGAAUUCAGAGGCUGAGCUGCAGUGGCGGCUGCAGGUCAACCGCCUCCAGGAGCUCAUAGACCAGCUUGAAUGCAAGGCACCCCGGCUGGAACCCCUGCAUGAAGAGGACUGUGCCAAGGGUCCUGACUCGCACAUCCUUGUGGCACAAAGGCAAGUACAGGUGGCAAAGGACGCCCUGCCGGAUUUUCACCGUGCCCUGUGCUGCUACAUGAACUUGACAGGGGCCCAGAGCCAUUGUCUGCAUGUGUCUGCUGAGAAGAUGCUAGACCAUGCUACCUUCACCCUCUAUGAGUUUUGGCAGGAUGAAGCCUCCUGGAGAAGGCACCAGCAGUCGCCCUGCAGCAAGGCCUUCCAGCGUACCCUCAUUGAUCACCUGCAGGUCCCGGACACCCUCACCACUGUGUUCUUCCCAGCCUCCUGGUGGAUUGUGAAUAAUAACUGAGUCGGGUCUGCUUAAGCUGGUGACUCUCCAGCCCCGCCUAUCAUUCUAGAGCCUCCUGCAUUGGCCAACUCUACACUAAGACCAAGGAACCUGCCUGUUCCCAGGCCUUAGCCUGGUCAGCUGGUAGAGGGUGUCAGCACAGGGAUCAGGGACGGGGCUGCUUGCUUGUUUAUUUUAAUGUUUGUAGCUUCCAAGCACCUGGGCUUCUGACUGACUCAGGAAGUCCAGAUUCUGGUCCCUUUAUUCUCUGCCUUGCUCUGUGUCCCAGGCAGAUCCCCUCCCUCUCUGGCUGCCUAGGGGUGUCCUGCUUUUCCUUGCUGUUCUGGGGUUAGGUUUCUGUUCUUCCUCAACCAGUGGCAGAACCAGGGCUGAUGCUCAGGGACCCCUCUCAAACCCUGGAACCUUGACCCCUGAGGCUAGGCCAACUCAUAGUCUGUGGUGUAGAGUAGAAACCUGGGUGUCUAUCACCCUUCUGGGUCAGCCCUAGAAUUUCUAGCAUCAGUGGCUGUGCCAGAGCCCUCUGGGGGAUCCUGGGUUGGUUUGCAUGUUACCUGCAUAUCAUUUGCAUGACCUCACCCCACCCAUCGGCAUCUCAGGGCACUAUGAGAGUCGUAAGAAGACCUUGCAGAGUAGCAAUAAUUUGGGCAGAGGCAAUAAAGUUGGUGGUCAUCUGU